AUGCAUCCAUUCCUCGCCGUAAAUGGUAAAUUAGUGCAAAAGAAUGGGCCAUUGAAACAGCGAGUAAUAAUUUACUCCCCACUUCCUCUACACUCUGCAUUUAUGUUGCUUAUGCGUUUCCACCUUUACAGUUCUAUGUUUGCUAUGAUUUGUUCUCAGCACUUCUUUUGUUUCCAGCACUUCCUUCGUUUCCAGCACUUCUUUUGUUCUCAGCACUUCUUUUGUUCUCAGCACUUCCUUCGUUCCCAGCACUUCUUUUGUUCCCAACGCUACACAAUUCAACCUAAAACACAAAAAUUUCUCUUCUCUCACUCCCCUUCACACCGUUUCAUCGUCCCAAUCAAAACACUUCCUUAUUUAAGAAUCAGCAACAAAAAGCACCCCUUAACAAACGAAAUGCCAGCCACUCAUCCACAAUACAAAGAAACAACAAGAAGAGUGAAUGAUCUAUGGGCACUCGCGCUGUACAUCGUGUUCAUGGCCUCUGUCAUCACGUACGUGGUCUUAACGUCCAAGACCAAGUCAUAUUUCGAUCUGGUAUCUCAUCUUGACAUGAAGUUGCUUAUUUUCACGUUUGUGUGCGGAUUCUCAUCAUUCGGCAUACACUUGGCAGCAUUGCUCUACUUUCCUGCACCUGCAAUGCAUGUGAGCUGCAUACUCUUGCCCGUGAUCUCCGUGGUACUGGCCAUCUGCGUAGGGCAUAUAUACGGCAUCAUCGUAUCUGUCGUAUUUUCUGUCUUUACGCUCGUUAUGUACUUUCUAUACCUGAGAAAGCACAUCAAAUAUGCGGCGCAGGUCGCAAGGUCCGCGACACAGAUCAUCUGCACCAACAUAUUCUCUGUUAUCUGCGUGUUGGCCCUCUUCUUGACGGGGUGGACAGCGAUGUUCUAUGUCUACGUGGCUCUUGACAUGGGCCUGGACAAGCAGGAAAGGAUCAUUUCGCUGAUUUGUGAGUUCUUGGCUGUCUCAUGGACAUUCUUCGUGGUCUUCUAUUCUCUCAGGGUAUUCAUCGCCUCCAUAGUUGCUAUUCACUUCCUGUUCCGCACUGUUUCGUCUACUCAACGGGCAGCCGAUGCUAUUAAGAAUUGGCUGUACGCUCUCGGGUCGGUUUGCUUUGGGGCACUCCUCAUCGCGCUGAUAACGGUGUUGCGCAUGCUUGUAGACAGGGAGAGGAGAAGGAGCGGCGCUGUGGGAGGGUUCUUCUACGCCAUACUUCUUUUGCUGAUCGACAUUUUGCAGGACAUCGUGAAUUUCUCCAAUGAAUGGGCGUACUGCCACAUCGCGCUGACCGGAAAGGGAUACGUAGAGUCGACCAAGGAGUCGUGGCGAAUUCUUUCGCAGCCAAGCAACCAUGCCAUCACGAACAGCGUUGCCAUCACCACACUCCUCAAUUUCAUCGGUAUUAUUUUUGCGCUUAUCUACUGCUUUGGCCUGUGGUUGUUUAUCAAGGAUCAGAACACCCCGCUAAAAGAGGUUAUGAUCCCCGCUCUUAUCUUUCUUGUGGCCUCGUACCUCUUUUUCAGCCAGGGCGUAAGUGCCAUAUUCGAUUCAGGUGUCAAAUCUCUUCUUUUCACCUACUCAAUGUUCCCGGGAGAGGUCAGAGAGCAGGAUGCCAAGCUUGCAGACGCGAUUGAGGAACAGAGAAAAGUGUGGUAAUGAGCGAAGUAUUGGUAAAAAAAUGUGUUUGGUGCUGUAAUACGUUUUCUAUGGGAUGGGAGCACGGUGCAUGUUUUUUCUUACAGCGUUUUUAUAAUGAAAAGGUUUUGAGAGCAGGCAGCGAAGUAAAGUGGGAAUUAGUCAUUUGUUGCGGGUGUUUAGGGUGGGCAGAAGACCACAGGUAAACCAUGACCAGUUACGUGGGCUACACCCCGUAGAAAAAGCAGCAACCUUUUCGGUUCAUGGAACCGUCCGGUAAGAGAUGGUACCUGCGUUUACAUAAGGUGCCUUUCUCCCACUAAACGUGUUUUUGCGGUGUACUUGCCUAGAAUAGCAUGUCACUGUGGCAAGUCUGAGCUGCUUUUGGUAUGACACUCCUGUUUGGCAGGAUCGUAAAGAUUGGAUCUGUCAUUAAACGGUACAAAUCCGUAACCUACACCAAACUGAACGAACCAAGUUUGCAUUAUUUAGGGAGAACACGUUAUUUAGUGUUGGUAAUGAAUUGCAAAAUUAAUUUAUUCAAUUUUGAGGGACUAAAAUUGUUGCAGAGAGGUUUGCAGAAUUGAGCACCAUCAGAAA